AUGUGUACCUUAGAAAAGCGCGGGAACGUCUUCUUCCUAACUCUUACCGGCGACGGCGAACACCGCCUCAAUCCUACUUUCAUCUCCUCCAUCCGUUCAGCUCUCUCCGAGGUUAAGUCCCAAUCCGCUACCGGCUCUGCUCUCGUCACCGUCGCCGAUGGCAAGUACUUCUCAAAUGGUUUCGAUCUCAACUGGGCCAUAUCCACCUCCGGUGGGUCUCCUUCCAAGGCAGUUGAUCUCCUCCGCCAAAUGGUAGAUCUCUUCAAGCCACUCGUCGCUGACUUAGUAUCGCUUCCUAUGCCAACAAUCGCCGCCAUUACAGGUCACGCCGCCGCUGCAGGGAUGAUUCUCGCGAUUAGCCAUGAUUACAUCUUGAUGCGGCGUGAUCGAGGUUUUCUGUACAUGAGUGAGAUCGACAUAGGGAUGACAUUGCCGGACUAUUUCACAGCCAUGAUGAGAUCGAAGGUGGGAAAGCCGGAAGCCAGGAGAGAUAUUUUGAUUCGGGCUGUGAAGGUGAAGGCGGAGGAGGCGGUGGCAAUGGGGUUUGUUGAGUCGGCGCAUGAUAGUGUUGAGAGUACGGUGGAGGCUGCUGUGCGCAUGGGGGAGGAUUUGGCGAAGAGGAAGUGGGAUGGUGAAGUGUACUCCGAAAUAAGGAAGUCUUUGUAUCCAGAGUUAUGUGGGGUGCUAGGCUUGAUCACUAAGGAAGUUGUAAAGCCACGAUUUUAA